AUGGUUGCGGCUGGUAACAGUGGGGUACCACAGAAUAUUGUGAAAAGCGAACUUUCAACUUUGUCAAAUAAUAUCACAAACUGUUUGCUAGCAGUCUCAUUGAAGGUUGGUAGUGAUAAAGAAACGCUUGAUUGCGCUGAGGAGUGUGUUAUUGCAGCAGAAGAGUUGAAAACUUUAGGUGAACUAGUCAAAGCGGAUAUAAAGGCAGUUGCUGAUAGCCUGACUACGAUUAAGGAGCAAGUUGAUCAACUUGAGAAGUGUUUUCAAACUGUUGAUCGAUUAGAACGAUUUGUUAAAGAGGUAUUGCUAGGUAUCACUAGACAUAAUGAUGGCUACCUUGUGUUACUAACUGCACCCGAUUUCGUCGAAGGAGACAGUGAGGACGACCUUCCUGUAGAAACCUCAUCAAAAGUGCGGAUUAAUGUAGGAACUGUUCCGACUACGAAAAAACUGAAAGGGAGAAAAAAUCGACGUAGGCACAGAGUGGUUAAAGUGAAUGCUCUGAUCGUGCUUUCCAGGAGUUCUACAUUCAAAGUUGUCCCUUUAUCCGUGUCACCACCACCACCUGCAAUAAAUUUUCGAGCCAAUUUGCUCAAAGAAAGAACCAAAAGCCAGAGAGUAUCAAAAACGGAAUAUGGUGGCUUACAACAUAAAAAAAAGUGGUUCAGAAUGGCUAAAAUGAAGCGUUCUUAA